AUGCCAGGCUUUCCGCCAGAGCAAAUCGACUCGAUAACGACAUGGAAGAAACGCAAGCGGGAUCAUGAGGAGCCAAGGACUCUAGCAUGUCCAACAACCUAUGUCCCAUCUCGUCGAGUCGAUCGGCCCGAACAUCUCUUUCCGACCACGCUGCCUCCCCGCAAGCGCCGACACAUCCAAGGCCCUUAUAUUACACUCCCAUCCCAGCACCAGCAUCAGAUUCAACACCAACACUCUCCAACCCACCUCUCCCCGAACGUCUACGGCCCCCCAAACCAAGACCUAUACUCACCUCCGGUCUCACCCAAAACCCUCGUGCCCCUGCACUACCCAACUCAACAAUCGGCAUCCCCUUCCGCUCUCCGCCCGUGUCACAUAUGUCACCGGCGCCCAACGACCCGUCAAGUCCUGGACGCCUACGCAGACUGCGAUCUCUGCCACGAACGGGCAUGCUUCAUCUGUCUCCGGCAAUGCGAUAGCGCAUCCUGCGGUGGGACACUCGGUCUUCCAGAAAAUCCAGGCAUGCAUAUGCGCGCGAGCCCAACGGACGACGCCAACUACGAUACCAGCGAGGCGCCGAGGAGGAAAAUUUGCUCUGGCUGUGCUGUAGAGGAAGUCACCGAGACCGGGGCGGAGAUUGUGCGUUGUCUUGACUGCGUGCGUGGUGCGGGCUCAUGGGCUACAACGACUGUUCCAUCUAAUUGGGCUUUGGAUGGUAUGCGGCAUGAGGAUAUGACCGAGUGA